GUUUGAAGAGUGUGUUUGUAGUUGCAGUGUUGUGCGAAGUGCUGUUAAUUAUUGUUGUAAACAGUGACAUAGUGAACAGCUGUAUUCAACUACAACACGUCGAGGUGGCAACAUGGUGAUCGACUGAGCACUUUGCAACCUGUAUCUCUAAACUGAUGCUAUGGGAGAGUUUCGCCGCAGCCGCAGCAAGGUUUGGUGGUCGCACUUCCCUGAGGAUGAAGAGGAGGAGAUGUCCCCCUCAGUGUUGCCGGGAUGGGGUCCCGGAGUCCCGUUGAGUCCGGACAGAGGCAGCCCCAGCAAUGGCAGCCACAAGAGUCAGGACUCCGGGUUCUCUGACUCCGAAAACUCACCUCCCAACCCGAAACCUUCCGAGGAUCUCGAAGAAGAAAAAUCUUCACCAAUUCCUCAACUUCCUGAAACACCAACAGCGAGAAUACCUCGAGUGUGUCUCUCAAGAUACAAAACUACUCUCACGUUAGACAAAUGCCUCAACAAAACCUGGAGCGCAGAGGACUGUGUUAAAACAAACGAUCGGUUCAACCAAAGCGACUGUGUAAGCGAUCUUUUAGGUGCUGAAGAAGCAAGGACUUCAUUCGUGAUCGAGAGUGAUGAUGAGCAAAGUGAUGUGAAAAAUGAUUCUGAAGUUCCUCAAGACACGUCGUCGGAAAGUAGUGAUUCUACGGAAAAUCAAACUGCUGUGUUUAUUCCAAAGUCCAAGUGGUUGAAUCCCGCUCAAGUUGUGCCUCCCAGUCCGAUAACUUCUAGACCGUGUUCUCCCAAGUGUUUAAGUCCUACUCGGUUCCUGAAGACGCCUACGUCAACUAAGGUUGCGUCUUGGGGUUCAGAGUUGGACGUCUCCGGAACCCUAGGUGCUCCUGUACACUGCUCAACUCCGAAGACUGUUCCCUCCAGUAGAGUUCAGCCUCGGGGGUCCAGAGUCACCAGAAGGCCCGUCAACUUGAACAAGAACUUUGAAAGCAUUGCACCGCCUCCGGCUACGGAAUUUCCUCCCCCGCCAGUACAACAAUGGUGUCGAGAGCUGCGAUUGUUGUGCGAGCCAGAGUGUACCACUACGCUGCAAAGUAAAUCCCUCACUGCUGAUCUGAGCAGACAAGUGACCCUCAUGGCAGCCACUACGACAGAGGCUGUGCGAACAUUACAACAACGGACACGGACUAUAUCACACGAGUUUACCAAACUGUACAGGAGGGUAGAACAAGAACAGUUGGAGCAUGUAGGUCCAUUAGUGCAGAGUCUGCUGGGUCACAUGACAGAGCUGCUAGCAGUCGUGGAGCUGCCAAGUAGUAGCAGCGAGUGCUGCGGUCAGUUGGUGGCUGCAGGAGAGCUGCUGCGUACUGCGUCAUCUGCCAAGACUCUGCAGCAACAACAGUUGGUGGAGAGUGUCACCAGGCUGGGCCGAGCAUUCACUAGCGUCAUGGACCAUCUACUAGCUCAGCAGAUUAAGUUACUGGUGGCAGUGCUAGAGGAGCCGUCGUCUAACCUGGCUUUGCUCUCGGCUCUGUCGGCAUUCUCAGGACUCGGCCUGGAACCUGGCCACUUGGGCGACCUCAUGUCUCGCUGUUGUGGUAUCCGAGCUCUCCUCGGCCUCUGUCUGGACUCCAAGUCAGCCUCCGUGAGAACGGCCUCUCUACGUAUCCUGGCCACGGUGUGUUGUUCAUCGGCGACCAUCAGGCAAUUUGAACAGGGUGGAGGUGUAGAGAUAGUGACAGACAUGUUGUCAGAUGAGCGCCGUGGGGAGGCGGAGGUCACAGAGGCAGUGUCUGUGCUGGCGCAGGUCACGGCACCGUGGGUGGAGGACAACCACACUGUACAAGGCCUCACAGAGCAACUCACAGCAUUGGUCGCAGCACUUACCAGACUAGUCAACAACACUACCAGCAGCGUAUUGUUGCUGCUAUCAGCUGCUGCCUUGUGUCAUCUCAGCUUGCUGGAGCCACAGUGUGUCUGGAGGCUGCUAGACUGUAAGACUGCUGGGACUUUGCUGCUAGCAGUCAGGAGACAGGGUCCUCACGCUUCCGUCUUUCUUCAGGAACAGGUAGCAGGACUGUUAGCCAACAUGGCCGCUGUGCCGGAGGUGAGGCCGCACCUAGCCGAGCACCGCGCGGUUGUAGCGUUGCUGUGUUUCCUCCAGGUGCGCCACUGUCCUCUCCAACGAGCACCAGAGAUCGCAGCCGCUGAGAGACUACAGCAUAAGUCUGCUAUUGCACUGUCAAGGUUAUGUAGCGAUCCCAGUGUGGCUGCUCAAGUAGUAGACCUGCAAGGUAUCAACCGUCUGGUCCGGUUGUGUAAGGAAGAGAGAGAACGCAACCACAGUGACGGAGUCUUGGUUGCUUGUCUGGCGGCUCUUCGUAAGAUUGUCGCAAACUGUGGACUAGAGGUUGUGGAUCAGUUGAACGCUCGAGAGCUCGUAGAGCCGCGACUACUCGACUCGUUCUUCCUCUACUCGUCUCGUCAGGAGAGCUACGUGUGACGGACUCCAGUUACAGUCACCUUGGUCGAGUCGUUCACCCGUUACGACUCUUUGACGAUCUGACACCUCCGUAACUCGAGUCGUUUCUUUUUCAUUUCAUUUUCAUUUCAUUUCAUCCAAAUAUUUCUACGAUUGUCACACAUGUAAUUGACACCGAUGCUCGCUUUCUUCUUAGUCUAUCCUUUGUGAACGCUGAAUUUAUCAUUAUGAAAUUAGUUUCAAGUGUUACAUAUUUUAAUGUUUGUUGAUUUUAAAGUUAAUUUGAUCUCUGAUUAGCUGUAGGCUUAUUUUAACUUCAACAUGCAUGCAUAUCUGUUGGAUUCAAGGUGAUCAAAAACCAUACUAUUGAACUGGAUUUCAUCUUAAAUUUCCUGUUUAGCAGUAUUUUUGUAAAAAAACUAUUUAAAAAAAUUAAAAGUAUUUUUUAAUAUUUUUAUCUUGAAAGGUGAAUUGUUGUGUAAGUGAACUUGUCUGGUAAACACACUGAAACUACUGCAGAACUUAAAAAUAUCUUAAAGCUCCAACUUAAAACCCAAACAAAAAUUGUUAAUUUUUGUUUUUAAUUUUUGUUUCAAUAGUAAUGUCUGUUAUAUGUUAUUAUGAUUCCUCAUUGUUUAGUAUAGGAAAUUAGUGCUGGUAUUUAUCAUUUCUGUUCUAACCAGAUAUGAUCAAUAUCACCACAAUUUUCUUUAACGAAACCUUCAUAAAUUAUGUCCUAAAUUUUUGAAAUAUAAAUGGAUUUCCAGUUUUUACCAAAAAAAGAUAUAAUGAAACAAAUCCUAUCUUUCCCAACCGAUUUGAAGAUCGAAUUAUGUAUUUUGUUUGUAUUUAGUUUGCAGAAGUAAUUGUCAUACCAUUAUAGUCUGUAUGAUGUAACCUGUCUUCUGGCCCUCCGUCUACCUGGGGACUAGCCAAUGGCUCAGUUCCAGGUCGACGGAGGAACAGGAGACAGGUUCCAUCAUACAAGCUAUAGUCAGUUACAUGGUAAAUUGCAUUCUAGUUUCAGUUUUUCUUCUUCCUUGUUUUCAGAAUCUCAUGAUUGAAAACUAAAAACAAAUGCAAAACCUGUAAAAUACCUGUAAUAUUCAUCUACUCCAUUACAAUUUGUCAUAUUGUCUAUUAAAAAGAGUUGUCUUCAAAAGAUCUACAAGAAGCUCCGUCACCACCAUUUGAGUGUUAGUUUAAAUAUAACGCUAAUGUGUUCCAUACUUCCCCCACAACUAUUACGGCCGCUGCACCAUAAUGCGAUGCUUGGUAUUGUCGUGGUUGUAACAUAGCAGGGAAAAUUGGCGCUAACGCCAAGUGUAAAAUGUGACAGGAUUAAGUGGUCAACUCCUUUUGAAAUCUUGCAGAGAUGACAUUUACGAAAAAUAUUUGGAUGUAAAAAAUGUUUGUAUGUACAGAGAAGUUAGAAACAGAGGAUAAAUUCAAAGGUACACUUAGUGGUGUCUAGCACCAGUUGCUGGUGUCUACAGCAAAUUCUAUUUGUCGUCCCCUUCUGCUCUCCUUUCCCCCCUUGCCAUCACAUACUACAGCGUUCAGGCGCUAGGAAGAUCCUGUGCGCAGCAACUGCUGUACAAAAUAUGCUAUGUGGCCAUUGCAGUUCUGGCUCUUCUUUGCUCGAUACUAGUACAUUUCCACUCCAGCAUACCAGGGUGCACGGUAAAGUGCACGGUUGUCCCAUAAGCUUGUAUCCUCUGUAUCUUACUUCUCUUUGGCGUAAGAUUGAGGGGAGGUGUUUGGACAAUGUCAAUCACAUUUGGUCAAUGUCCAAAGCGAGAAAAACUUAAGUAAAUUUGUUUAGCGAAUAAUAACAAAUCUAAGACUGCUAAUAAAAAACUCUUUUUAUCUUUAACUUGCGGAUCCACUAGAAAACUUUUUAAAAUUUUGUUACAGUCACGGCGGAAACGCGCCCGAUCUCGUCGUUCAAAUGUAAGACAUUCUGCGAUCUUUUAAAACCACCGAGAGAUCCAUCAAUUGGGGAUGGAUUUCAAAAGGGUUGACUUCUUUAACCACCAAAAUGUUACCAAUGAUCGUAAUUCUUACAUGGAGCGUUGACUUUUUUUACCUCAUUGUUAACGGCUAUCACGAUGAUACUAACCAUCGCAUUAGGGUCGCAUUGGGGAGCCUGAUUGAAUAGUAGUGAGGGAAGCAAAGAACAUGAUACUUAUGUUGGAUUUGAACUAGCUUACUCCACCACGAAGGGAACUCGAUGGAAAUGUGAAAAUUUUUAUUUAUGGUAAACCGUCAUUUUAGUAGGUAGUGUACUACCAUUUUUAUUCGUUCCAAAUACUAUUUACAUUUUUUUCAACUUCAUUAGGCUUUUAUUAAUCCUUUACUAUUUCUAAAUACAGUAAGCAUUGUUGAGUGCUUUUUUAUUGUAUCAUUUUAUGAUUUAGGAUCAAAAGUUGAUUUUAAUUAUACUGUACAUAAUUCUUAUUAAAA